GUCUGAAACUACCAUCAUGUCAAUUGUACACGUAAACGUAGAAGGAUUACAACUCCCAGUAUUACAACCUUCCGGGAACUCCGGUCUCUCCUUAUGGUUUCCUCCAAGACAAGGUUUCUGGUACAGGAGAGUCUCAGGCGCAUUCGCACUUCUUUGCCUUGAUGACAUGGUUCUCAAUGGAUUGAAGAGGGAUGACGCACUCAAACUCAAAGGUCUCGACAGCACCGAGCUUACACACGAGAAUAACAUCAUACUUAAACCGAAUAACCACGACGAAAAGGAACUCCUUGAGCGUGCUCAAAGGGAAUGGGACAGACGUAACUUCCUUGCAUUAAAGAUUCUUUUCAACACAGUCUCAGAUAAGAUCACGAUUUCGAACGAACUCGAAAUCGUGUCACAAAGAAAUGCCCACCUUUUAUGGGCAGCAAUUGUGAACUCCGGUUUGUUUGACAGAUUCUAAACUAAGUCCGCUAUUAUAACCAUUGCAAGCGGUAUAUCAAUCAUAUUUAUAUUCAAUCGCUAAGUCAGCUUACGAACUCUCUCAUGAAUAACCAUUUGUCAACAUCUAACUACACAGUAAAUCUAUCUAUUUUACUUUCAGUAUAUUUUAUGUUUGUCUAUUAUGUGAUGUCAUGAUACAAGUUAC